UAGAUAAUAAUGACUGCUAAAUUCAUGUAAUCAAUGGCUUGACAUAUGUCAAAACUUAACUCCAAAAAAAAAACCAACAAAUGAACAAUAAAUAAUCGGGAAUUUCGUCCAAAGUGUUCAUAAAUUUAAAAAUAAUAUUCUAAUAGAAAAAAAAAGACAAGAAAAACAAGUGUCAGCUGGCGAUUAAGUGACUAGAAAGCAAUGUCAAUAAAAUGAAGUGUCAGUGAUGCGUUUAAAGGGGAAAAAUGACACCAAGUCAUUUCACAGCGUCUAUAAGAUGCUUUCUCGUAUAUGCAGAGCCGUGGACAAGGGUCAGUUGGACGGCUUAAUGUCAGAUGGACGCGUGCAACCCUUAAAAGCUCAUAACUCUCAGACAAUGGGGUUCUCAUCGCAAACAAUGCGCCAGCAGCAGCAGACAGACGCUAAUUCGGGUAAAGUAUAUCCAGUAGAUAGUUACGAGUCAUGUGUAGAGCUUCAACAAGCUAAUGAAGUGCCUGGUAAAGUAUUCACGGCGGGUCAGUACGCGGCGAAGGUGCUCAGAAAUCUGAACGACCAGCGGCUGAAGAACCAGUUCAGCGACGUGGGCCUGGUCGCCGGAGACAGCAUCAUCAGGGCGCACAGAUCAGUGUUGGCUGCUGGCAGCGCCUACUUCAACGCGAUGUUCACCGGGGGCCUGGUGGAGGAGCAGCAGGAGCUGGUGGAGAUCCACGCGAUCUCUCCGAGCAUUCUUGCGCUUCUCGUCGACUUUAUCUACACGGGUAACGUCGAUAUCACCCAAGACAAUGUCCAGGAGCUCUUCGCAGCUGCUGAUAUGUUCGAGCUGGAUGAGGUCGUCGCGGGAUGCAUCUCUUAUCUCCAGCAACAGCUACAUUAUUCUAAUGCCCUUGGAAUUUAUCGAUUUGCUGAAGCUCACAAUCGAAUAGAUCUCAUGGAGACUGCCUUACGGUUCAUCGAAGUCAAUUUUCCUCAGGUCUCUCAGGAAGAGGAGUUUCUAGAUUUACCCAAAGAAUAUCUUGUUCAUUUUCUUAGUAGUGAAUAUAUUCAUGUUGAUACUGAAUUUCAGGUCUUCCAAGCAGCGUACAACUGGAUAACCCAUGACAUAACGUCUCGUCGUUGCUACGUAUUCGAAAUCCUGGGGCACAUAAGACUGCGACUGUGCUCAUUAACGCGGUUGGAGUCGGUAAUAAUAGAUUGCAAGGACGCGAGCUUGAUAGUGGCUCUGCGGUCGAUCCAGAAGGACCUGGUGUCUAACAAAGGAUGCCUGGUGCCUCUGCGAGCGCAGCCUCGGCUGUGCGCGAAGAAGAACAUCCUGGUGAUAGGAGGCUCGAAAAGAGAGCACACAUCGGACAGCUGGGCUCGCGACGCGGAGAGCACUUACGAGACGAUAGAAAAAUAUGACACCUUCACGGGGCAGUGGAGCGAAGUCGCGCCUUGUGGAAUCGGGAGGAUCCUUCCUGGAGUGGCACUCUUGGACGGAAAGGUCUACGUGGUAGGAGGCGAGCUGGAGUCUUGCAUAAUUGCCAAUGGCGAGUGCUACGACCCCAGGGACAAUGUUUGGAGCUCGAUUGCUUGCAUGAUUGAGGCCAGGUGCGAGUUUGGGCUCUGCGAGCUCGACAACAGCCUCUACGCCGUCGGUGGGUGGGUCGGCGAAGACAUCGGUGGCACUAUUGAGACUUAUGAUCCCAUUAGCAAUACUUGGUCUCUACACGGCGAACUUCCUGAGCCACGUUUUAGUAUGGGAGUUGUCGCUUAUGAAGGCUUGAUUUAUAUUGUCGGGGGCUGCACGCACGAAAGCCGCCACCGUCAAGAUGUUAUGAGUUAUAAUCCCGUUACCAGAGAAUGGAAUUAUCUUGCACCCAUGCUAACACCUCGCUCGCAAAUGGGAAUUACUAUUUUAGAUGGGUAUAUAUAUGUCGUCGGUGGCAUGAAUAAGAAUCAAGAGGUACUCACGUCUGUAGAACGUUACUCAUUUGAAAAGAAUAAAUGGACAGCAGUAGCGCCAAUGAACAUGGGUCGUUCUUAUCCAGCAGUAGCAGCAGCAGACGGACGGCUCUAUGUAAUAGGAGGUGAUCAGUCACGCGAAAUUAAUUUCUACCGUACUCAAAUAACAAUCUCGACUGUCGAGAGUUACGAUCCCACAUCAAAUAAAUGGAGUGAGUGUGCAUCCUUGCCAACGAGUCGCGGGGAGGCUGCUGCAAUAAUCGCACCUUUCUGAUCCUGUCUCAUACUCUGAUACUCUGAUAAUACUCAUCAGUCAAUUUACCUUAUUUUAUUAAUC